AUGACUAAAAAGAACAUAUUUGAUUCUUUACAUAUGCAUUAUUUAUCCGUUAUUUAUGCAUUACUGACUCUAUUUUAUCUUUAUUUAUCAAUUAAUUCAUACAAUUUAUUAUACCUGUUAAUUUAUAAACUUCCUAGUACUAUUCAUACUUAUUUCAUGAUGAAAGGGUUACACAUUUUUAAUCUUAUAAUACUAAUUAUUAUCUAUAAUGGUGGAAUAUAUGGAUAUAUUAAGGGCGACGUUGCACAGAGGGGAAUUGAUGGUGACACAGUAGAAAGAGUGUUCAGAAUUGCAGAUCAAAUAGGGAGAUACUCUCAAUCAGUUCCAAACAUGUUUAGGGUUGUUAAAAAAAAUCUGGAAUCUUUAGAAAGAGAAGUUAAGAUUAAAGCAUUGCUUCCUUCCAGUAGCAGAAUAGAAGCAUUCCGGAUGAUAUGUGAGCCCUUUAACAGAUUCCUUACUAGAAGUCCUAAGGACUACUUUAUACACAACCCACCCAGAGGUACAGCAUACAAUGUACAGCUAAAUAAUGCCAAGGAAGUGGUUAGAGAAAUUUAUAGACAAAUCCAAAGGCUUUGGCUAGAUGGAUAA